GUGUGAAGGCAUGGAGAAGGCAAGCAAUAUCAUAAGAAGCUCAAUGCAUUCCUUCUUCACCAGCUAUGACACCUUUGCCUCCAUAGCCACAGUUCUCAUCCUCCCUUUAUCAGCUUCCACUCUCCUCUUCAGUGCUCUCAACCCUCCACCUUCUUCUUCCAUUUUUCUUCAACUCAUCUCCUUUCAAAAACCUCAAGUUCUCGACAUUUUUUAUCUCAAAUUCUUGCACACAAUCCUCCCCUUCCUCCUCACUCUCCCCUUCACCCUCACCUUCCUCUCUCUGGCCAAAGCAUCCAUAAUUCUCGCCGCUCGCAAACUCAAUCCUUACAAUCAAUAUUCUCUUCCAAUCUCUUCAUUCCUUCAUCUCUACCGCCCGCUCGCCCUCGCCCAACUCUUCAACAGCUUUCUCAUACUAUCAACCAAUGCAAUUUUCUUCUUGGUCAUGUUCUUGCUCUUCAAUUUGGUCGAAUCGCUCGGUUUAGACUCGAGAAUUCUCAUUGUCAUGAUAUCAGCCGUCGGUAUCAUCUUCUACUCGAUGAUCAUUGCAAAUGUAUUUGUGAUCUGCAAUCUAGCAAGCAUUGUUGCAGCAAUGGAGAAUUGCAGAGCUUAUGAAGCUGUUAUCAAGGCCUGUUUGCUUAUCAGGGGAAGGACUGUGGUUGCUUUAUCACUUGCUGUUCCUACAAAUUUGGCCAUGGCUGCAAUAGAAUCUGUGUUUCAGGUAAGAGUGAUGAGGCCAUAUUAUCAGAACAGUCAGUUUGAUCUGUCUUUGAUGUGUGAGGGAUUGACAAUAACUUACAUGUAUUCUAUUCUCAUUGUGCUCGAUAUCAUCAUCACUUGCUGCUUCUAUAAGUUCUGCAAAUCUGAAUUAUUCAGAAGUUGUGAAAGUCUGUUUGAUUAUGAUGUGGAGUUAGGAGAAGCAGAGAAAGCUGCUUUUCUGGUUUGAUUUGUUGAAGGUGAGGAGAGUUAUUAAGCUAUAUAAUUUUGCUUGAUCAGUAGCAUUUGUAAAGAUUGUUCAAGUAAAAACAAGGCUAAUAUCAUGGAAAAUUCUGAUAUGAGUGGUGGGAUUUCAGCAAGUCUUUCAUGAUUUGUCUAAGUAAUCUGUAUUUAUGGUUCAAAACUUUCUUC